CGAAGCUCCCCCGCAAAAGGAAACAAAGGAAGGGGAACGAAUUACGAAAGCUAAAGCUGGUCGCGCUGCUUUCUGCUUUCGCCCCUCCCCUCACCCGCCUUCGAUUUUCUUCCUAGUAUUCCUAUUUGUAUUUUUCUUUCUUGUCGUCAUAUCCUUGCGCCCUUCUUCCUUGCCUGCCCUUUCUCUUUUUCUAUUUCAAAAUGCAUGCCAUCCGUCUCUGCCCAUAAUCUGCACCGAUAUUCAUUUGAAGGGGUCCGAUUUUCUUUCUUCUUUUGGUUUAUUUUAUUUCCCUUAAUAUAUUCUACAAUAUUAUUAUUAAUGGUCAAUUGCCGCGUUUUUGACGACGAUUGAUCAAUACGGGGGGUCAUAUAACCCGAGUAUCGUAUCGUGAUCGUGGGUGUCUACAGAAUUUUCAAAAUUUUGGCGACCUUUGGUAUUAACGACUCGAUUUUUUUUUUGAUCCUCUGAAAAAAGUUGGACUUUUUUUGCUCCCAAGUUUUUGUUCGGAGUGAUCGUUGCAAGGGAUCAAUCAUUUUGGGUGGGUGAUUGCUGGUUUUGGUUUGGUUCCGUGGAGAAGGUGAAGGUGGUUCUGGCAAGCGAAGGGGCGUGCACUUUGUUCAUUGAAUAUCCAAGGAGGAUUGUGGAUCACCUUUCCUUCAGUCUAUGGAAUCGUUGCCAGUGGCGUUUGUUUGUAAGGGUGAGGGCGAUGGGAUGAUGUCAUCUGAUAUGGUAUCAGAAAAUGAUGUGGCAGUUGAUGCUUCAAAGGGCACAGGUAAUGGGAGGAGGGAUGACUAUGGUUCGGACAAUGAUGAAUUACCAUAUGGUGGUGUGGAUAUCUCCAACAAGGAUGAGGCAAAAGGUGAGGCUGUGUUGGGCAAUGAUGACUUGAUAUACUGUAGCGUGGAUGCCUCCACUAAGGAUGACACAGAAAGUGAGGCUGCAAUGGAUAAUGAUGGUUUAGACAAUGAUGAAUCACCAUUCUAUGGUAUGGAAACCUCAGCCGAGGAUGAAUCGAAAGGUAAGGCUGCAUUAGGAAAUGGUGAGUCCUCAUUCUCUGGUGUGGAUAUCUUCACCAAUACUGAGGGAAAAGGUGCGGCUGCAUUGGGUGUUGAUGAACCACCAAAUUGCGGUGUUGGUGCCUCAACCAAAGAUGAGAUGAAUUGUGAGGCUGCACGGGGCAGUGAUGGUUCAAACAACGAUGGAUUUCCAUGGUGUGUUGUGGAUGCCUCCACCAAGGACGGGGCAAAAGGUGAGGCUGCCUUGGGCAUUGAUGACACAUCCUAUACAUUGGCCAAUAAUGCUUCACACAACAAUGAAUCGCCAUCCUGUGUUGUGGAUACCUCCACCAUGGAUGAGACAAAAGGUGAUGGUGCAUUGGUUAGUGAUGAAUCAGACUGUAGUGUUGACGAUACUCCCACCAAAGAUGAGGCAAAUGGUGAGCCUGCAUUGGGCAAUGAUGGUUCAAGCAACAUUGAAUCACCCUAUAGUGUUGCGGAUACCUCCACCAAUGAUGAGGCAAAAGGUGAGGUUGGGUUGGGUGUUGACGAAUCAACUUGUUUUAAUGUGGUCACCCCCACGAAAGAUGAGGCAGAUAGUGAGACUGCAUUGGUCAGUGAUGGUUCAAACAGCAAUGAAUCGCCCUACUGUGUUGUGGAUACCUCCACGAAGGAUGAGGCAAAAGGUGAGGCUGCAUUGGUCGAUGAUGAAUCUCACUAUUGUGGUGUGGAUACCCCCAUCAAAGAUGAGGCAACUGCUGAGGCUGCAUUGGGAAAUGAUGGUCCAAACAACAACGAAUUGCUGUACUGUGAUGCAGAUACGUCCACCAAAGAUAAGGCAAAAGGUGAGUCUGAAUUGGUCAGUGAUGAAUCACACUACAAUGGUGAGGAUAUUUCCACCAAAGAUGAGGUAAAAGGUGAGGCUGCAUUGGGCAAUGAUGGUUCAAAAAACAAUGAAUCACCUUACAGUGUUGUGGAUACCUCCACCAAUGAUCUAGAAAAAGUUGAGGUUGCAUUGGGCGUUGAUGAAUCACCUUAUCGUGGUGUGGGUUCUCCCGCAAAAUAUGGGGCAAAUGAUGAGGCUGCAUUGCGCAAUGGUACAAACAACAAUGAAUUGCAAUAUUGUGGUGUGGAUAUCUCCACCAACGAUGAGGCAAAAGGUGAGGUUGCAACGGGCAAUGUUGGUUCAGAUAACGAUGAAUCGCCAAACUGUGUGGAGACCUCCGCCAAGGAUGAGGUGAAAGGUGAGGCUGCAGUGGGCAAUAAUGGUUCAGACAACAAUGAACUGCCAUACUAUGACACCAAGGAUGAGACAAAAAGUGUGGUUGCAUCGCGUGAUGAUGGUUAUGAUCUUAAGAAGACGGAUGAUCCUAUGAAGUUAUAUAAGCAAUCUCAUGUUGACUCUAAGUGGAGUGACACCACCCUGGACACUUUGAAAAAGAAGCAUUACUCAUGGUUUCAACUUCCUAAUGGUAAUUGGGAGCUGGCAACAACCAUUAAGACUUAUGGAAAUGAAUCAUUAAUAUCAUAUUCCGAGGGAAAAGUUAUAAGGGUGAAUUCAGAAAUUCUGUUGCCAGCAAAUCCUGAUAUACUUGAUGGUGUUGAUGAUCUUAUUCAGCUAAGUUAUUUCAAUGACCCUUCAGUAUUGUAUAAUCUUCAGUACAGAUACAAUAGAGACAUGAUUUAUACCAAAGCAGGUCCUGUUCUUGUUGCUAUUAACCCCUUUAAGAAAGUGCCAUUGUAUGGAAAUGAUUAUAUUGAAGCUUAUAAGCGCAAAUCUAUGGAUAAACCACAUGUAUAUGGCAUAACUGACACUGCUAUGCGGGAAAUGAUUCGAGAUGAAGUUAAUCAAUCUAUCAUUAUAAGUGGAGAAAGUGGAGCUGGUAAAACUGAGACUGCAAAAAUAGCCAUGCAAUAUUUGGCUGCCUUGGGUGGCGGUAGUGGGAUAGAGUACGAGAUACUGAAAACUAAUCCAAUUUUGGAAGCCUUUGGUAAUGCCAAAACAUUGAGAAAUGAUAACUCAAGUCGAUUUGGGAAGCUGAUUGAGAUUCAGUUUAGUGAAACUGGAAAAAUAGCUGGUGCCAUCAUCCAAACUUAUUUACUGGAGAAGUCCAGAGUUGUUCAAUGUUCAGAAGGGGAGAGGUCCUAUCAUAUCUUUUACCAACUUUGUGCUGGAGCUCCGCCCAGCCUUAGAGAAAAAUUAAACUUAAAGAGUGUUGAGGAGUUCAAUUAUUUGAAGCAAAGCAAUUGUUAUUCAAUUCCUGGAGUUGAUGAUGCCAAACAGUUCCAUAUAGUGACGGAAGCCCUGGAUAUUGUUCAUGUUAAAAAGGAAGACCAAGAAAGCAUAUUUGCAAUGCUGGCUGCAGUACUCUGGUUAGGGAAUGUCUCCUUUACUGUGAUUGAUGCUGAGGAUCAUGUUGAACCAGUGGUGGAUGAAGGUCUAAUCAAUGUUGCUGCAUUGAUUGGGUGCAAUGUUGAGGAACUAAAGCGCACGUUAUCUACUCGAGAAAUGAAAGUUGGGAGAAGGAAUGAUACAAUUGUUCAAAAGCUUACCCUAGCCCAGGCCAUUGAUACACGAGAUGCGUUGGCAAAAUCAAUUUAUUCUUGUUUGUUUGAUUGGCUAGUGGAACAAAUCAAUAAAUCACUGGCAGUAGGCAAAAGACGCACAGGAAGGUUCAUUAGUAUCCUUGAUAUUUAUGGUUUUGAAUCAUUUAAGAGGAACGGUUUUGAGCAGUUCUGUAUCAAUUAUGCCAACGAAAGAUUGCAACAACAUUUUAAUCGCCACUUAUUCAAAUUGGAGCAAGAGGAAUACAUUCAAGAUGGUAUUGACUGGACAAAAGUUGACUUUGAAGAUAACCAAGAUUGUCUGAAUCUCUUUGAGAAGAAACCAUUAGGUUUACAAUCCUUGCUAGAUGAGGAGUCAACCUUUCCAAAUGGCACGGAUUUGAGCUUUGCCAAUAAGCUUAUGCAACAUCUAUAUUCUAAUCCCUGUUUCCGAGGGGAAAGGAGGGAAGCUUUCACUGUACGCCAUUAUGCUGGAGAGGUUACUUAUGAUACUACUGGUUUUCUUGAGAAGAAUCGAGAUUUACUUUAUUUGGAUUCCAUUAAGCUUCUUUCAUCUUGCACAUGCCACCUGCCACGGUCUUUUGCAUCCACUAUGCUUACACAACCUGGGAAGCCUGUAGUUGGCGCAUUGUAUAAAUCUGGAGGGGCAGAAUCACAAAAAUUAAGUGUCAUGACAAAAUUCAAGGGCCAACUCUUCCAACUGCUGAAACAUCUUGAGAACACUACACCACAUUUCAUUCGUUGUAUAAAGCCAAAUAACUCCCAAUCCCCUGGUAGCUUUGAUCAGGGACUCAUAUUGCAACAGCUCAGGUGUUGUGGAGUCUUAGAAGUUUUGAGAAUAUCAAGAUGUGGUUUUCCCACCAAAAUGUCACAUCAAAAGUUUGCUAGAAGGUAUGGUUUUCUUCUAAUGGCGCAUGUUGCAUCCAAGGACCCACUCAGUGUUUCGGUAGCAAUUCUCAAUCAGUUCAACAUUCUACCAGAGAUGUAUCAAGUUGGAUACACAAAAUUGUUUUUUCGAACUGGACAGAUUGGGAUUCUUGAAGAUACAAGAAAUCGAACUCUUUAUGGUAUUUUGCGUGUUCAAAGUUGCUUUAGAGGCCAUCAAGCUCGGCUCUUUGUAAAAGAGAGAAAGAGAAGGAUUGCAUUCCUUCAGUCAUUUAUCCGUGCUGAAAAAACUAGAAAAGAAUAUGCAAUACUGUUAAGGGAUCAUAGAGCAGCAAUAACUAUACAAAAGCAUGUCAAGGGCAGGGUUAUCAGAUAUAGCUUCAAAAGACUAAGUGAGGCAUCCACUAUCCUGCAAUCAGUUAUUCGUGGCUGGUUGGUGAGAAAAUGCUCAGGAGACAUAGGAUUGCGGCAAUUUUUGCAAAAAACGGGUAUUCAACAUGAAGAAGUGCUGGUGAAGUCAUCAUACCUUGCUGAACUGCAACGCCGUGUUCUUAGAGCUGAAACAUCAGUUAGAGAAAAAGACGAGGAGAAUGAUAUUAUACUCCAUCGCCUGCAAGAAUAUGAGAACCGUUGGUCUGAAUAUGAGCAGAAAAUGAAGUCAAUGGAAGAGAUUUGGCAGAAACAAAUGAGAUCACUUCAAUCCAGCCUUUCCAUUGCCAAGAAAAGCUUCGGUUUUGACGAUUCCCAAAGAAGCUCAGAUGCCUCAGCAAAUGGAAAUGAUGAAAGUGAGUCCAGCUGGGACCCCGGCAGCCACUUUAGACCUCUUGAAAGCAAUGGAGGGAGAUCUACAAGCCCUGCUCUAAGCGUCAUUCAUCGAUUGGCAGAGGAAUUCGAGCAAAGGAGCCAAGUAUUUGGAGAUGAUGCCAGAUUCUUGGUGGAGGUCAAGUCAGGUCAGGUCGAGGCAAGUUUGGACCCGGAUCAGGAGCUCCGGCGAUUAAAACAAAUGUUUGAAGCUUGGAAGAAAGAUUAUGGAGCACGACUCAGGGAAACAAAGGUGAUUCUCCACAAGCUUGGGAAUGACGAAGGGCAAUCAGACAAGGCAAGAAAGAAAUGGUGGGGAAGAAGGAACAGCUCCCGAAUUAAUUAACCCGUACAAGCAAUACACCCAACAGCGGAAAACAUUUAUGGUACCCAAGUCGUCUAUAUACACUUAUACAUACAUACAUACCAAAGGCUGGUUGGUUAUAUUUGCUGCAUUUUACCAACAUCUCCUCUUUCUCUUCAAGUUUUUGUGAUAUGAAUCGAUAUUGCAUUGUUUCAUUGAGUUUGACUUUUGUCUACCACUCAUUGUGCCUCUCCUCUACUUGUAGAUAUAAAUUUUCUACCUUAGUUUUUGAAAUCAUCUGACAAAUAAGGAGCUCGAGGUUGAAGAGCCAACUCAUAAAGGAUAAACAUGUAUGUCACAGGACAGUAACAGUGAGUUACAUAUUGAUUUGAAUUGAUUUGAUUUGAUGAUGGUUGU